UCGGCGGGCCGGUGCGCCGGUGCGCCUCUGCAGAACCGAGCCUGACGCCGCGCCACACGCAGAGCCUGGAGACCGGCCUGCUGCUGGAGGUGGCCGACCGGCCGGUGCGCUCCACCUCGGUCGACAUCGGCUUCCCAACCGAGGAACAGUGCGCGUACACGGCCUACCUGCCGUUCCGUCGGCGCAGCAGAAAGGCGGCCACCGGCGAGAUCGAGAUCGAGGCGGAGGGCGGCCGGCGCACGCUGCGCAGCACGUGUGACUGGAGCGAGGCAGCCGUCAUUGGCGAACAUCUCUGGAUGCCCACCUCGGCCUCGGGCGAUUUCUGCUACGUGCCCGAGCAGGACUGUUGCAGGACUGGCUCCCGGAUGAAGUGCACCGCCUGCAAGAUCAUCUGCCACACAGGGUGCAUAGCUAACCUGAUCGACAAGGUGAAGUUCGCCUGCAAGCCCACGUUCAGGGACGUGGGGAUCCGGCAGUACCGGGACAACACGGCCACAGCUCACCACUGGGUGCAUCGCCGGAAUCAGAAGGGCAAAUGUAAACACUGUGGAAAGGUCACUUUAUGUCGAAAACUUUCGUUUUCUACCAAAGAAAUUGUAGCAAUAAGUUGUUCGUGGUGCCGGACUGCCUACCACAACAAGGAGCCCUGCUUCAACAUCCAGCGAUUAGAGGAACAAUGUAGUCUAGGCAUUCACGAGGACAUCAUUGUGCCGCCGUCAUGGAUCGUCAAGCUGCCCCGCAGAGGAAGCUUCAAGUCCAGCCUCCGCAAGUCGCCCAAGAAGAGGUCCUCUAGUCGUCGGAAAAGCCGGGAAUGGAUCGAUAAGGACCAGACGCGGGCGUUCGCCAUCAAGCCCAUUCCAACGGCCAACGUGCACCCUGUCAUCGUGUUCCUCAACCCCAAGAGUGGCGGUAACCAGGGCGCCAAGCUGAUGCAGAAGUUCCAGUGGCUGCUCAACCCUCGUCAAGUGUUCGACCUCACUCAGGGCGGACCGCGAGAAGGGCUGGAGAUGUACCGCAAGGUGCCGAACCUUCGCGUGCUGGCGUGUGGUGGCGACGGCACGGUCGGCUGGGUGCUCUCCGUGCUGGACCAGAUGAACUUCAGCCCGCCGCCCGCUAUCGCGGUCCUGCCGCUCGGCACAGGCAACGACUUGGCGCGCGCGCUCGGCUGGGGCGGGGGCUACACGGACGAGCCCAUCUCCAAGAUACUGUGCAACAUUAGCGACGGCGAGUCGCAGGAGCUGGACCGGUGGGAGGCAGCCGUGCAGAAGAACGAGCGCGCUGAGCCCAGCGAGGAGGGCAAGGACAACCUGCCGCUCAAUGUCAUCAACAACUACUUCUCGCUCGGCGUGGACGCCCAUAUUGCGCUCGAGUUCCACGAGGCCAGAGAGGCUCGACCCGACAAGUUCAGCUCCCGGCUCCGGAACAAGAUGUUCUACGGCCAGGCGGGCGGCAAGGACCUGCUGCAGCGCCGGUGGAAGGACCUCUCGGAGCACGUAACCAUCGUCUGCGACGACCACGACAUCACGCCGAAGCUUCGCGAGCACAAGGUGCACGCCAUACUCUUCCUCAACAUCCCCAGCUACGGGGGCGGCACGCACCCGUGGGCCGGCCGGGACCAGUCGACUUCCGACGGUCAGAUGGAGGUGAUCGGCCUCACCACCUACCAGCUGCCGCUGCUGCACGCGGGUGGCCACGGCACCAGCCUGGGCCGCUGCCAGAAGGCGGUCAUCACCACGGCCAAGACGAUCCCCAUGCAGGUGGACGGCGAGGCGUGUCGUGUCAACCCGUCCAUCAUCACCGUCAGCCACCUCAACCGCGCCCGCAUGAUCUGCAAGCGACGGGGCGAGAAGUCCAGCUCCGCGAAUACGCAACAGGAUCAGCUUCGGAUGCGUAUCAACCGCAUCACCAUGUCCGACUACGAGCAGUACCACUACGACAAGGAGACUCUCAUGCAGCACUCGACGCCUCUGGGCGUCAUCAUGGUGGACCACGACUCGGACCUGGAGCAGGUGCGGCGCCACAUCAACCGGCUGGAGGAGGAAAGCCAGCAGAGCCCGCCACUCAGCCCCGAGUGGUGCUUCGUCGACUCGUGCACGGCGGAACGCUUCUUCCGGAUCGACCGGGCGCAGGAGCACCUGCACUUCGUGACGGACAUCAGCUCGGAGGACCUGUUCAUCCUGGACCCGAUGGCCGUCACGCCGCAGCCGGUGGCCUCGGCCAACAACAAUCACCUUCUGGAGAGGUCAUCGGAGGAGAUUCUCCACGCCGCUCAGAAUGGCGACCUGGCCCGGGUGAAGGAGCUGCAUACGGCCGGCGUGUCGCUGUUCUCCAUCAGCGCCAUGGGCCAGACGGCGCUGCACCUGUCCAGCGCCGCCGGCCACAAGGACGUGGUGCGCUACCUGCUGGCCAACGCGCCCUCGUCGGUCGUCAACAUGCGCGACAACGACAAGGGUCACACAGCACUGCACUGCGCGGCCCUACACGGCCGCCGCACCAUCUGCUCGAUGCUGGUGGCGUCCGGCGCGCUGCUGACCCUGGCCGACAGCGAGGGCAACACGCCCCGGCUGCUGGCGCUGCAGGCCGACGACCGCGAACUGGCCGACUACCUCGAGAGUCAGGAGCACUUCCAGCUGGUGGUGCCGGACGACCACGAGACAGCCGUGUGACCUCUGCCGGCGGCGUUCGUCGGCCGGCGGCCCCGCCUCGGCCGCGGCUGCUCACGGCAUAGCAAUACCAGAGAGGCGGCCGGCCGGCGCCGGCGCCGAGCCGUGUCACCGGCAUCAGCGUGCUCUCCACACAACGCCAGGCCGGAUUUAGUGUACAGCCUGUAAUCACCAACAAUGAAGUUUGUAUUUUUAGAGGGAGGACGUACCGCUUCCUACUUUUUACGUGUUUUCCUAGCCCGUUAUCACACCUUGGUAUGUAUUGGCGGACGAACGUAGGGGAUGGUGUUCAGUAAACCCUGCCUUUCAGAAUGCCUUCAUCUUUGUACCCGCGUGUGCCCCUGCCCCUGAGGCCGCGGCCCGGGCUUGUCAACAGCCACGUGAUACGGUGCGCGGCGCGGUCCGCCGACGGCCCGCGGCUACGUGGUGAGGGUGACGUCCGGCAGGCUGGCGGCGGCGGCGUGGCAGCAGCCGGGACCGGGCGUCCCCGCCCACCCGCCUUGGCGUGCUCACGGGACCGUGUUGUCGACACCGCGCCGGCGUUCCAGUCCCCAUGAGUGCGCGUUCCCGACGCACGCAUGCGUGGGUCCUUGUUAUGUACAUGACUGCAUGCGCGCGGCCCGUCCUGAGCAUGUGCGUUUGCGUGUGUGUGCGUGUCCGUGUGCGUGUGCACGGCGAGAGUCAUGCGUUAGAGUGUGCCCAGGGAGCCUCAUCGGUGGCCCUGUCCUCAAGCGCGAGCGUACCCGACACAACUCCCGCCCCCACCCAAUGUGUGCCCAGUGCACCUCCGACACCGGUCCUGCCCCCAGUGCGUAGUCGCCCGACACAGGUCCCACCCCGACCGCGUGAUCCUGACAUCACACAAGCCCCCCAGUCGCGCCCCCAGCGUGUGAGCACUGUGUUCUCCUCCUCGCACCGGUUCGGGGCCUGGUUAUCCUCCUCGCACCGAUUCGGGGCCCGGUUAUUCAUCUCGCACCGGUUUGGGGCCUGGUUGUGUGCCUGCAGUGGUGUGCGAACCCCCUGUAUUGAAAUGCAAUAUCGGCCGAGCGCGGACGCCAGCCUCCGCCGGCGUCCGCCCCGUCGCCCUGUUGACCGGUGAGAAGGUAAUUUCUCCAUUGGUGUUGCCUGUCGUGGCCCUCCCAGUACUAGGGAGCCGUUUGGUUUAAGCUUUAAUCAGUAGAGCGGGCGGCUGCCCGGGGUGCGGCGCGUCGUCGGCCAGAGUGCCCGGGGGUGGGCGGGGGCGAUGGUGGCGCCGUCUGCAAGACACCGUCGCGGGGCCGACCGCUGUGAGCGCGCCCGCCGACCGGCGCCGGAGCCCAUGACGGCCUGGAGCCCAUGAUGGCGCGCUCGGUCCGGGCUCACUGGUGCAUGCAGCCCGGCGCGGCUGUAGUAGGGUGUAUGCCCUGUGGUCACUUGUAUAAACAUAUAUUAUUGUGCCCAUUGAACGUGACCUCCCCAUUCCGUGGAUGUUGUCGGUACUUUACCACUCCAGGCAAUGCUAUGAUACCGAUGUUUUUGGCUUCUGACCACGAGAACAAUAAA